AUGGAUCCGUACGACUUGGAUCUUGGCCCCGAGCCAAAGCACAUUGAUCGCAAAUCUCUAUACACUAGUCUCGAGGAGAGAAUUAAGUACUUGCACCACUUCCUUGACUUCAAUGCCGACGAUGUUGAAGCCCUCCACAGUGGAAGCAAAUACCUCAAGCAACUCAUCCCUGCCGUGGUCAACCUAGUGUAUAAGAAACUCUUGCAGUACGACAUCACCUCACGUGCCUUCCACACUCAGAACACGGCCGACGAGACUGAGCUUGAGCAAGAUUUUCUACACGAGGAGACCCCUCAAAUCAAACGACGCAAAAUGUUCCUUCGUUGGUACCUCAUCAAGCUAUGCCAGGAUCCUACAUCCAUGGAUUUCUGGAGAUAUUUGAACAAAGUUGGAAUCAUGCACAGUGGCCAAGAGCGCCUACAUUCUCUGAACAUCGAAUUCAUCCACAUUAAUGUGUGCAUUGCGUACAUCCAAGACAUCUUCAUCGAAGCCCUGAUGUCUCACCCCCAGCUCUCCCUUCACCGAAAAAUCGCCCUCGUCCGCGCCAUCAACAAGAUCAUCAUGAUCCAGAACGACCUCUUUGCCAGACACCGCAUCCGCGAUGGCGAAGAGUAUGCCGACGAGAUGUCAGAAUACAGUUUCUCCACGGAGGGGUGGGUGAAUGGUAAGAAGAUUCUGGGUAGCACUGACGACAGCUCUGUCGAUGACGACGGGGCUAGCUUCGUGGGCACCGCGGCUCCAUCAUCACAUAGUGUGGCCCCCUCGACACAAACAGCACACACCAAGGACAGUGGUAACACGAACCACACCACUCGGUCUGCGUAUAGUGUGGAUUCAGAGACCUCGAUUUGCCCCUUUGCGGACCUGGCAAAGAAUGCCGGAACGUCGACGAAAAUUUGGGCCAAUUGA